AUGGAGAAUACUGAGCAACUUUCCAGCCAUGAAUUGGCAGUCGAGCCUCCGCAGAAGAAGGGGUUCACUCUUCUCUUUGAGAACCCAUACCUUUUCGGAGUUGCCUUGUUCUCGUCACUGGGAGGCUUCCUCUUCGGUUACGACCAAGGUGUUGUCUCCGGUGUUUUAACUAUGGAAUCAUUCGGGGCAGCAUUUCCACGUGUAUUCAUGGACAGCGGCUUUAAGGGGUGGUUUGUUUCCACCAUCCUGCUCACUGCUUGGUUUGGCUCCCUUGCCAAUGGUUUGAUUGCGGACCGUCUCGGAAGAAAACUCGAUAUCAUGGUUGCUGUAGUUAUUUUUGUAGCAGGCUCUGCGAUCCAGGCAGGCGCCGUCAAUGUCCCAAUGCUAUUCGCAGGCCGGGCAAUUGCCGGUCUCGCCGUAGGGAUGCUAACAAUGGUUGUCCCUCUUUACAUUUCGGAAGUCUCGCUUCCUAAUAUCAGAGGUGGCCUUGUCGUUCUCCAGCAGCUUUCGGUCACCAUUGGUAUCUUGUUCAGCUUCUGGAUCGACUACGGCACUCACUAUAUCGGAGGCGUCCGCUGCGCUCCAGACAUUCCAUAUUCCGGAGGCACUUCGGCCAACCCUACCUUCGAUGCUUACAACGAUGUCGGUCCCGAUGGCUGCACGGGCCAGUCAGAUGCAUCAUGGAGAAUCCCUCUCAGCCUGCAGAUCCUCCCUGCCUUCAUCUUAGGUAUUGGAAUGCUUUUCUACCCCGACUCUCCCCGCUGGCUCUUGAUGCAAGACCGCGAGGAGGAGGGGAUAGCCACUCUCGCUCGCCUUCGCCGCAAGCCCGCUGAUCACCCAUCCGUUAUCGCUGAGUCCUUGGAGAUCAAAGCAACCAUCCUGCUUGAAAACACCUACAUCCGCGAAAACUAUGCCGGUCUUUCUGGCCUACGCCUCGAUGCCGCACAGUACAUAUCAAUGGUAACGAAAUUUGCCCGAUUCAAGCGCCUCGCCAUCGGCUGCUGUGUCAUGUUCUUCCAGCAGUUCAUGGGCUGCAACGCAAUGAUAUACUACUCGCCGACUAUGUUCAAAUCAUUGGGACUCGAUGGCAACACGACUUCUCUCCUCGCCACAGGCGUGUACGGCAUCGUCAACUGUCUGUCCACACUCCCCGCCCUCUUCUUCAUCGAUCGCGUUGGCCGCAGGCCUCUGCUUAUGUGCGGCGCGGCUGGCACAUUCAUCUCGCUUGUGAUCGUUGGUUCGAUUGUCGGUGCCUAUGGUGAAGGCCUCUCUGAGAAUAAGGCUGCCGGGUGGGUAGGAAUCGCGUUCAUCUACAUCUACGAUAUCAACUUCUCAUACUCGUUCGCCCCAAUCGGCUGGGUCCUUCCGUCCGAGAUCUACCCACUCUCCAUUCGCUCCAAGGCAAUUUCUAUCACCACCUCUUGUACCUGGAUGUCGAAUUUUAUUAUCGGCCUUGUGACCCCAGACAUGCUAACCACCAUAACCUGGGGGACGUACAUCUUCUUCGCUGCCUUCUGUUUACUCGCCUUCGCCUUCACCUACUUCUUCAUCCCUGAGACACGCGGAAAGACUCUCGAAGAUAUGGAUUUGGUGUUCGGUGACACUGAAGCACACGAGGAGAAGGAGAGGAUCCGGGGGAUCGAAGCGCAGCUUCGGGGCGUGCAUAUUGACGGGACGGAAAAUGAGAAGGAUGCGGCGAUGGCGGAACAUAGAGAGGUAUAA